AUCGCGCUGCCGGCGUGCAAGAUGGGGGUGAAGAAAGACAAGAAGCCUGAGAAGUCAACCUGGAAGUUUAAUUUGGACCUUACUCAUCCAGUAGAAGAUGGAAUUUUUGAUUCUGGAAAUUUUGAACAGUUUCUAUGGGAGAAGGUUAAAGUGAAUGGAAAAACUGGAAAUCUUGGGAAUGUCGUUCACAUUGAAUGCUUCAAGAAUAAAAUAACAGUUGUUUCUGAGAAACAGUUCUCUAAAAGGUAUUUGAAAUACCUUACAAAGAAAUACCUUCAAAAGAACAAUCUUCGUGAUUGGCUUCGUGUGGUUGCAUCUGACAAGGAGACUUACGAACUUCGUUACUUCCAGAUUAGUCAAGAUGAAGAUGGAUCCGAGUCUGAGGACUAG